UCCUUGAGUAUACAUGACUUUGCUGCUGCACUCAAGCAUGCCCAACCAUCCGCCCAACGUGAAGGAUUUGCAACUGUUCCAGACUUCACCUGGGCCGACGCGGGGGCGCUGCAUGCGACCCGCAGUGGGCUUCACAUGGCCGUUGUGCAGCCCAUCCGGAGGCCGGAAUUGUUCAAGAAGGUGGGCAUCGAUGCGCCGUGUGGAGUCCUGCUAUGGGGCCCUCCAGGAUGCGGCAAAACCUUGCUUGCGAAAGCGGUAGCAAACGAGUCCAGAGCCAACUUUAUCAGCGUGAAAGGUCCAGAACUGUUAAAUAAGUACGUUGGCGAAAGUGAGCGUGCUGUGAGACAGGUGUUCUCUCGAGCACGGGCAUCGUCACCCUGUGUCAUCUUUUUCGAUGAACUUGACGCGUUGGUUCCAAGAAGAGACGAGAGCCUUUCCGAAUCUUCUGCACGCGUUGUGAACACCCUUUUGACUGAACUUGACGGGUUGGACUCCCGUAAAGGCGUUUUCGUCCUGGGCGCAACCAAUCGCCCCGACAUGAUCGACCCAGCUAUGUGCCGCCCAGGCCGCCUCGACAAACUGCUCUACAUCGACCUCCCAACCGCAGAUGAGCGAGUGGAGAUCGUACGCACGAUGAUGCGUAAGCUGCCGUUGGGCCCUGACGGCGCGAAGGAGGCAGUUGAGACACUAGUGCGGGAGCGCGGGGACGGGUACAGUGGUGCCGACUUAGCUGCAGUUGUCAGGGAAGCGGGUGUAUUGGCCCUGCGAAGAACUUUA